AUGUCCGGUAACGCGACGCCAGCUGACAAACAAACCGGUGCAGUGGCGGCGCACCGACCGCGAGGGAAAGAUGUGGCGGCGGAGAAAAACGGUCUCGAAUUCGAAAAAAGAAGCGGGGGGCGCGGGAAAAAAAGGCGACAAAACGGCGCGAAAAGCCGUGCGUGGAGCGAGCGACGGUCCGGCCAAUCCGUCACGCGACCGCUCCGUCCACACACGCACGUGAGAAACUUCGGGCCG